AUGGUAGAUAUGGAAGAGAAAAACCAGGAAGUUGAAUAUGUCGACCCAUCCGUAAAUAGAGUGCCCAAUUAUGAGGUUUCCGAGAAAGCUUUUCUUUUAACACAACCAAGGGUGAGUGUCGAACAACGUAAAGAAGCAGCGGAUUUUGUUUUGGCAAAGAUCAAAGAAGAGGAAAUGGCCCCUUAUUAUAAAUACCUUUGUGAGGAAUACCUUGCCAAGAGUGGAGAAUCGGAUUUGGAACAUGAUGGAAAGUCAGGAUCUCCCAAAGAAUGGAUCCAAUUUGACCAAAAGCUAUACGAUGAUUUGUGUGCAAAGAAUGAAAACAAAAUCAAUGAAUUGCACGAGAAGAUCCAGAAAUUGGAAGAGGACGAUGAAGGUGCAUUGGAGCAAGCGCAAGCAUGGAUCAACUUAGGAGAAUACUAUGCACAAAUUGGUGACAAAAACAAUGCUGAAAAGACUUUAGAGAAAUCUCUGUCAAAAGCUAUUUCUACUGGAGCUAAGAUUGACGUCAUGUUAACAAUUGCUAGAUUAGGGUUCUUUUAUAAUGAUCAGCUUUAUGUCAAAGAGAAGCUGGAAGCAGUAAACUCGAUGAUCGAAAAGGGUGGUGAUUGGGAGAGAAGAAACAGAUAUAAAACGUAUUACGGUAUUCACUGUUUGGCUGUAAGAAACUUUAAGGAGGCAGCAAAGUUAUUAGUCGAUUCUUUAGCCACUUUUACAUCCAUAGAAUUAACAUCCUAUGAGAGCAUUGCUACGUAUGCGUCCGUCACUGGUUUGUUUACCCUUGAAAGGACAGACCUAAAAUCUAAAGUAAUUGAUUCUCCAGAACUAUUAUCUUUAGUGUCUACAACUGCUGCUCUUCAAUCUAUCUCGUCAUUAACAAUCUCACUUUAUGCUUCCGAUUAUGCGAGCUACUUCCCAUAUCUUUUGGAGACUUACGCGAAUGUUUUGAUCCCAUGUAAAUACUUGAAUAAGCAUGCUGACUUCUUUGUCAGAGAAAUGAGAAGAAAAGUUUAUGCACAGUUAUUGGAUUCAUACAAGACAUUAUCAUUAAAAUCCAUGGCAAGUGCAUUUGGUGUUUCUGUUGGAUUUUUGGACAACGAUCUCGGUAAGUUCAUUCCCAACAAGCAACUAAAUUGCGUUAUUGAUAGAGUUAACGGAAUUGUAGAGACUAACAGACCCGAUAACAAAAAUGCUCAAUAUCAUCUGCUAAUAAAACAAGGUGACGGUCUAUUGACAAAAUUACAAAAAUAUGGUGCAGCUGUAAGAUUAACAGGAUCGGAUCGUGUUUGA